GAUCCUUAAAACAACCCCACCAGAACUUUUAUGAUCAUUAACACUACUCCAACAACUCAACUUUCAUUUACAAGUUUAUAAAUGCAAGAGAAGAUUAAAGAAGUUGAGUAGAAGAAUUUUUCGUAUAGCAGAAAACAAAAUCAAAAAUAACUCUAAAGUUCAUAAUUCAACAUUAAUCAAUGGGUUCUUGCUCGAACAAAGACAUCGGAUUUUUCAAGAUUAUUCUUCCUGAUACAAUUCGUGACAAGAAACUCGAAUUACCAAGAAAAUUUGUCGCCGGGUACGGGAAUGAACUAUCAAACCCGAUGACUUUGAAUGUAUGCAGCGGUGCGAAAUGGCCAGUGGAGAUCUUCAAAUGUGAUGAUGGUGUGUUUUUGAGGAAUGGUCUGCAAGAUUUUAUCGAAUUUUACUCCUUAGUCUUUAGAUGUGUUCUGUUUUUUGAGUUUGAUAGGAAACAAAUAUGUUUCAAUGUCAUCAUAUUUGAUGAUAGUACCGUUGAGAUAAAUUAUCCAAUUAGUCUGGUUGAAGAGUCUGAUUUUGAAAUAGUAUCGACCCGGAAAUCGAACGGAAAAUCGCCAUUUUCCGUUCCCCCUCGCCCUUCCGAAAAGUUGAACGUAGAUUAUGAAGAAGAAGGAACAGAAUCUGAAUUUAAGGCAGGAGAAAGAAUUAUUACAAAUUAUAGAUCGUUGACACGAACUGAAACAUUGGAUUUUAUUCGGAAAGCCAGGGCCAAGUUUCGAUCUGAAAAGCCGUAUUUCAUUAUCGUGAUGCAAACAUCGUUUGUCGAUCCUGAAUAUAAUUCGCCGACCAUACCGAAAACAUUUGCUGGAAAAUUUCUGCAAAAGGAUUAUGAUAAUGUGAUCCUCAAAAGUUCGGAUGGAGGAAGUUGGUCGGUUGCGUAUAGUUACAGCUCGUCGCGUGGAAGAUUUCAGGUUGGAUGGAGACCAUUUGUCCAUGACAAUAAGAUCGAAGCGGGUGACGUUUGCGCCUUCGAAUUGAUGAACGGUACCAAAAUUAAGUUCAAAGUUACGAUUUUUCGAGAUGUAAAACCUGAGAAUUUCUGCUUAUCGCUUGGCCAGAAGAUAAUUCGAGAAUCAUUGACCAGAGAGGAAACUGUAAAUUUGAUUCAACAAGUAAACAGCCACUUUAGAUCAAAGUUUCCAUAUUUUAUACUUGCAAUGCAAGCAUCACUUGUUGAUCCAGUCUACAAUUUACCAACCAUACCGAAAGUCUUCGCCGUUCAACAUUUGCGAAAGGAUCAUGGCGAUGUGAUCUUCAUUGGUCCGGACGGAAGAAGUUGGCCGCUUGAGUACAGUAAUAGCUACUCGCAUGGAAAAGAGCGGCGAAGAUUUCACGUUGGAUGGAAAGAAUUCGUGCUAGAUAAUCCGAUGCAAGCAGGCGAUGUUUGCGCCUUCGAGAUGAUUGAUUCUGUCAGAAUUACAUUUCGAGUUACUAUUUUCCGAGACAUCAAACCUGGCAACUUCUGCUCGUCGUCUAGCGACGACGAGGAAUCAGAAACAGAAUUUUCUCCAGGGCCAUCUGGAUCAUUUGAACAUGAAAGGCAGAACAUUGUAGAUUUAUCGGAUUCUGAGCCUGAGCCUGAGAUUACUGUGAUAGAGUAAUCAAAUCAUGAGCAACACCUUUAUGAAGUAGCUAUGUACUGGAGAAUUUGAUGUUAUUAAUGAGUAUGUGAUCAUGGAUUAAGCAGUGUCACUCCAGCUACAUGUAAUAGUUAUUUUAGGUUUCCAAUUUAUGCAAACUUCUCAAACUCUCCCUUAAUUGUAAUCUUGAUAUCAACUUUGUCCUUUUUUAGUUAUAAUCUAAUCUUAUUUCUCUA